UCUAUCCCCUCCCUUCCCCUCUCUCGCCCUCUCUCGUUCAAAAGCGGUAUCAGAGUUCUGCCAUUGUUGAUGAGGUAGGAGUUGCAGAGUGGCUUAGCCAUUAGCCAUAGUCGAUUAGGUCACAAAUUUGGGUUUGUUUGUAGAGUGGAGGCUGUAAGUUUUUUCUCUCUCUAUCUCUCUCUCUCUCUACCCCAACCCCGCCAAAACCCGUCUCCCCCUUUUCAAAACCCUAAGACGCCAAAUUGAUUUACCACCGGCUUCAAGUCUAACCAGUCGUCACCUAAGAAUGGCCGGAGCAGCUCCCAGCGACCGAGCUCUUUCUCUCCUCGCCACGGUCAACAAUCAUGGCGAUUUGGCCGUCAAGCUCUCGUCUUUAAAGCAGGCCAAAGAUAUCUUAUUAUCCAUCCAUCCAUCUGUGGCUGCCGAGCUCUUCCCCUACCUGAUCGAGCUCCAGUCCUCCCCCGAAACCCUUGUCCGGUUAUCUCUCAUCGAGGUCGUUGAGGAGAUUGGAUUGAAAGCAAUGGAGGAAUCUUCUGUACUAAUGUCUGUCUUAUUGGAAUUUUUGAAGGACAGUGACUCUAUUGUUGCACGGCAAUCCAUAGUUAGUGGAACAAAUUUAUUUGUUAGUGUCUUGGAGGAGAUGACAUUGCAGGUCUCCUCUCUCUCUCUCUGUCUGUUUGUCCAUCUCCGUACACACGCAUCUCAUACAUGUGUGCACAAAUUUGAAGGCGUAUACAAACAUAGAACAUGCAAUGACGCAUGCACUUUUUUUUUGUUGAGGUCAACAGACUCAACAGCUCAUAUGCAGAUAUUAGCCCAAAAAAAGAAAAGAAAAGAGAAACACUUUCACCGGCGAGGUAAAGUCGAGAUAUGGCUUGAAGAACUUUGGUCGUGGAUGGCCAAGUUUAAGGAUGCGGUUUUCACAAUUGCAUUAGAGCCUGGUUCUGUAGGGACGAAGUUGCUUGCAUUGAAAUUCUUGGAAACAUAUGUUUUGCUAUUCACUUCUGACGCCAAUGGCUCUGAAAAACCUGUUGUAGAAGAUACAACAGCAAGUAAAAAGGCUUUUAAUGUUUCGUGGCUGGUUGGUGGACACCCUAUUCUUGACCCAUAUAUACUCAUGUCAGAAGCAAAUAGGACUGUUGGCAUUCUAUUAAAUUUGUUGCGGUCGGCUGGUAGUCUCCCUGGUUGCGUGACAAUUGCCAUUGUAAAUUGUCUUGCAGCCAUAGCAAGGAAAAGGCUGGUUCAUUACAAUACCAUUCUUUCUGCACUAUUAGAUUUUGAUCCAAACUUUGAGAUAGUGAAAGGACACCAUGCUGCCAGCAUCCAGUAUUCUUUAAGAACUGCAUUCUUGGGAUUCCUUAGGUGCACUAACCCAGUCAUUGUAGAGUCAAGAGAUAGACUGCUUAGAGCUCUACGAGCUAUGAAUGCUGGUGAUGCGGCUGAUCAAGUGAUCCGUCAAGUUGAAAAAAUGUUAAGAAAUGCUGAGCGUGUUUCACGUGAUGCUCGGUUGGGCAAGGAUGAUCAACAAUCAAGCCAGUUGCCUGUUUCGGGGGACCUGCUAAAGAGAAGACUUACUCCUCUGGAUACUGAGGAGGCAUCUAAUAAUCACGAGAUGCCUUCCAAGCGAAUUCGUUAUGGUCCUGACUCCUAUUCAACUUUGCCAGUUCAAAUGAAUGCUUCUGGGCGGGACACCACUUCUGUCAAUGGAGUGUCCUCUGAGCUUCCUGUAUUAGAUGGUGAGUUGACCCCUGUGGAGCAAAUGAUUGCUGUAAUCGGUGCUUUGCUUGGUGAGGGAGAAAGAGGUGGUGAAUCACUUGAAAUUCUUAUUUCAAAUAUCCAUCCCGAUCUGCUGGCCGAUAUUGUUAUAACUAAUAUGAGGCACUUGCCUAAGAUACCCCCACCCUUGACAAGGCUCGGGAAUUUUCCAGUUCCACGGCAGAUAAGUUCUUUAAGUAGUUCGGCACAAGUUGUUGCAGGCUCCCCAACAUCUUCUGUGCAGUCUCCAGUUCUCACUGAACAAGUGCCUUUCUCUUCAGCAACUGUAACCAGUUUAACAGUUUCUGAUGUGUCCAAUGUGAAUAGUCUUCCCACUGAUUCCAAGCGAGAUCCGCGAAGGGAUCCUCGUCGCUUGGAUCCGCGAAGUGCAGCAGCUUCUGCUGGACUGGCAUCCACACCCAUGGAGGAUACUACUGCUAUGCAGUCUGACUUUGAUGGCUCAAUGUCUUUAAAUAAGCUUAAUCUGCUCCCCAAUGUGACCAUUGUCGAAACUCCUUUAGCAACUCCCAUGCUCCAAACGGAAAGUGAUGAAAAGACUUUUGAUAGCCAAUUGGUUUCUGGAAGUGGCCAACUAACUCCUAAGGAGGAGGUUCUGGAUGGACCUGUUGAAAUUGACCCUGCUUCGAAGCUCGGUUUAUCUUCCGAUCUCACAGAUUCUCCCGUGCAAACAGUUGAUGAGGACCUGAUUGCAACGAAGCUUUCAGAUAUUGAAGGGAAAGAUGAGGAUGAGGACCUUGAUACCUCAUCCUUUUUAGAAUCUGAUCAGCAUUCUCCAGUUCUUUCAAACACGUCUGCAUCCGAAGAUACUUAUCAAGAUUUUCCUCAGCUUCCCAUUUAUGUUGAGCUGACCCAAGAACAGGAACGAAGUGUGGGAAAAUUAGCAAUUGAACGAAUUAUUGAGUCAUACAAGUAUUUGCAUGGUGCAGAUUACAGUCAGAUGCGCUUGGCAUUACUUGCUCGAUUGGUUGCUCAGAUUGAUGCGGAUGAUGAAAUUGUUGUACUGCUGCAUAAGCAUAUCCUUGUGGAUUACCAACAGCAAAAGGGCCAUGAGCUAGUAUUGCAUGUCUUGUACCAUCUGCAUGCUUUGACGAUAUCUGAUUCAGUUGAAAGCUGUUCAUUUGCUACUGCUGUAUAUGAGAAGUUCCUCUUGGAAGUGGCUAAGUCUUUGCUGGAGUCCUUUCCAGCCUCAGACAAGUCGUUUAGUAGACUUCUUGGUGAAGUUCCAAUUCUGCCCGACUCAACUUUGAAACUGUUAGAUGAUCUAUGCAAUUCUGAUGUUAUUGAUAAACAUGGAAAAGAUAUUCGUGACGUUGAGCGUGUCACUCAGGGCCUUGGUGCUGUUUGGAGUUUAAUUUUGGGGAGGCCACAUUAUCGACAAAGCUGCUUAGACAUCACUUUGAAGUGUGCUGUUCAUUCACAAGAUGAGAUCAGAGCCAAAGCUAUCCGGCUGGUGGCAAACAAACUUUACCAGUUGAGUUACAUAUCGGAAAUUAUUGAGAAAUUUGCUACAAAUAUGUUGCUGUCUGCUGUUGAACAAUCUCCAUCUGGUACAGAGCAUGCACAAUCGGGGCCCACUGGGCAAAGAGCAGAACGGAUGCUUGAAAGUCAAGAAACAUCUAUUAGUGAUUUUGAAGUUUCAGAGUCUGGAAAUUCUGAAAAUGAUUCCUCAAGAAAGGACCAAGCACUAUCAACCAUGUCAUUUCCUGAAGUUCAACGACUCAUUUCUUUGUUUUUUUCUUUAUGUAUAAAGAAACCUAUUCUUAUUCAACUUGUAUUUAAUACUUAUGGACAUGCCCCGAAAGCUGUAAAGCAGGCUUUUCAUCGCCAUAUUCCCAUUCUUAUAAGGGCCUUAGGGUCAUCUUAUUCCGAAUUGUUAAAUAUUAUAUCUGAUCCACCACAAGGAAGUGAGAAUCUUUUGAUGCUGGUUCUGCAAAUAUUGACCCAGGAGACAUCACCUUCGUCUGAUCUGAUAGCCACCGUUAAGCAUUUGUAUGAAACUAAAUUAAAGGAUGUCACAAUUCUCAUUCCAAUGCUGUCUGCACUUUCAAAAAAUGAGGUUUUACCUAUAUUCCCUCGGCUUGUCGCUCUUCCAUUAGAAAAAUUCCAGACAGCACUUGCUCACAUACUACAGGGCUCAGCUCAUACAGGUCCAGCUUUAACGCCUGCGGAAGUUUUGGUUUCCAUCCAUGGAAUUGUUCCCGAGAAAGAUGGUCUCGCACUUAAGAAGAUAACAGAUGCUUGCUCAGCUUGUUUCGAGCAACGCACAGUUUUCACACAGCAAGUCUUGGCAAAGGCCCUGAAUCAGAUGGUUGAUCAAACUCCUCUUCCUCUUCUCUUUAUGCGGACAGUUAUUCAGGCAAUUGAUGCUUUUCCUUCACUGGUUGAUUUUGUAAUGGAAAUACUUUCCAAACUUGUGAGUAAACAGGUGUGGAGAAUGCCAAAACUGUGGGUUGGCUUCUUGAAAUGUGCGUCUCAGACACAGCCACAUUCUUUCCGUGUAUUGUUACAGUUACCACCUCCACAACUUGAAAGUGCUUUGAACAAAUAUGCGAACCUCAGAGGUCCCAUUGCUGCUUAUGCUAGCCAGCCUAGUGUAAAAGCUUCACUCCCUAGACCGACACUUGCAAUUCUUGGUCUUGCAAAUGAAACACAUUUACAGCAACCGCAUUUGCCAUCAUCGUUUCACCCUACAGACACGAAUUCAUCAGUUCAUGGAGCAACUCCGACGUGAUAAAUAGCUAGCUUUCGGACUCUGGGAAUUGACCAGCUAUGUAUAGUACAAAUCGGGACAUCCGAUAAUUAGAGAGCCAUAAUUGUGCGAAAGGCCACACACAUCGCGGCUUAUCGCUUGGAGCUGUUGUUUGGUAACCUAAGAUAGGUUUCAGUCCGACUGCAGAUGGAAAUAUCAAUUCUUCAGAAAUUGCGAGUCAUGCAAAAAAGAAAAAAGAACAAAAAAGAUAAGAGAGGAAUUGCCAUUGAAGAGAUGCAUCCUAACCACUCAUGUACUGCUCUGUGAAAUGUACCAUAAUUGAUUUUUCAAAAUUAUAUGUAUUUGUAUUUUGUCCUUGUAAAUUUUGGUUCUUCCAAGUUCCAAUCUAAUCUGAGGGCAGGUGUAGUUAACAGUUUUGUUUUUGGGUGGUUAGCUGCUGAAAGCAAGGUCCAGCUCAUUAACAGGUCCCUGUAAAUUAUAGUUGAAUUUUCAUCAAUCUUUUUAGUUCAUAUUUUUUUA